ACCACAUUAUAAUCUCAUCAAAUGAUUAGUGUUAGAAGCAAUCCAUCCCCGGCAGCAGCAGCCGCACCGCCAAAAGAUGAUGCUUGGAUUAGUUCUUACCAAAAGCUACUUCCUCACUGGCACUCUGUAUCACUUUCUCAUCAGCAUUCGACGCUACCCUUAUCAAUUUCUAGAGUUAAUCAGUUUGAUGCUGCUAGAUUGGAUAUUGAGAUGUCAGCCAUGUUAAAAGAGCAGCUGGUUAAAGUUUUCUCCUUGAUGAAGCCAGGAAUGUUAUUUCAAUAUGAACCGGAACUGGAUGCUUUCCUCGAGUUUCUUAUUUGGAGGUUCUCAAUUUGGGUAGAUAAGCCUACUCCAGGAAAUGCUCUUAUGAAUCUGAGGUACAGAGAUGAAUGUGCCAUGGAAAUAAGAGGAAAAGUAAGAACAGGUUUGGAAGGGCCUGGGCUAACUGUCGCUCAGAAGAUGUGGUAUUGCAUUGCUGCAGUUGGUGGUCAGUACAUUUGGGCUCGUUUACAGUCAUUCUCUGCUUUUCGCAGAUGGGGUGAUUCUGAGCAGAGGCCAUUGGCACGACGAGCUUGGGGUUGGAUGCAACGUAUAGAGGGGCUUUAUAAGGCUGUGUCAUUUGGCAACCUACUCAUAUUUCUUUACACAGGAAGGUAUAGAAACCCCAUUGAAAGAGCUAUAAGAGCAAGGCUUGUCUAUGAAAGCCCUAAUAUGAAUCGAGCUGUUAGUUUUGAGUACAUGAAUCGCCAGUUGGUUUGGAAUGAGUUCUCGGAGAUGUUGUUGCUGCUUCUCCCUCUUCUUAACUCAUCAACUGUUAAAAGUUUUCUUCACCCAUUCUCCAAGGGCAAAUCUUCAAGUUCUACAGAGGAUGACUCUACUUGUCCUAUUUGCGGGGCAAGUCCAACACUACCUUAUCUUGCUCUCCCUUGUCAGCACAGGUAUUGCUACUACUGCCUAAGAACACGAUGUGCUGCGGCUCCAUCAUUCCGGUGUUUGCGAUGCAGCAAGCCCGUUGUGGCAAUGCAGCAACAUGGCAGUGUUGUUGAGCAUAAAACUCAUAGUCAGUAGCUUGCAUAGGAGAGGGGAAAAAAAGGACGAUAAGAGAGUUGUACACUUAGAAAUCUAUAUAACAAAAAUGCCUGAUGUGGCAUACAAAUCUAUAGAGAAAACAAAGCUUUUUGUUUUAAAGCAUUUGUACCCCAAUGAGUGGGGAAUUAAUCAUUCUUUGGUCAACUGUCACAUUAAUAACGAGGUCAUUUUUUCA